AUAUAGCACAUGCACAGCAGGAGAUGCAUGUGGAGGAAGAAGAAGAAAAAGAAGAAGAGGGGUUACUGGCGGACACGCUGCGUUGGCUCUGCUUUAUCAGCCAACCACUGCUGAUCUCCGGCUGAUCUCUGGACCCUCACACGUUAAGCAACAGCAGCCUGAGAGAUCAGUUAGACACAAAGGCAGGCAGGGGAGGACACGGGAGGAGUGAGAAGAAAAAGCAACUGCAGCUCGUGGAGGUUCACAUCUUUGAGGUACAAUGGUGGAAGCAACUUUUGAUGCGAGGGGUUGGGGUGGAGAAUGAAAGAUUUAAGGGCAAAGGGGUGGGCUGGUGGGCUUCACAGGGAAGGGGUCUGGCCGAGAAAGUAAUUGUGGUGACAGGCAGUGCAAGGGACAAGGACUCAUGUGAGACCCAGAGGAUUUAGAAGAUAAAAUACACAGCAGCAAGGUGGCAGCAAAAGUGGACUUCAACAUGGGUGUGAAGCGCAAGGCAGCCGCAGCUAUCUUAGUCCUGCUGCUCUUCCUCGGCUCCCUCUGGCUUCAUGGAAGUUUGGAUUACCACUGGGAUGCUUGUCUAAAAGGUUACAAUCAAGUGAAUGAUCUUUACCAGCUGUCUAACAGCAGUGCCCCCGACGGGUCCAGGGGCCCUCAAGUCCUGGAGGUGUGCCCCGGUCAGACUUUCCAGGUGUCACUGCUGCUCAACCACCUGCUGGCGUCCCCGGCUUUCACCUCCGACGUGCUGCUACAGCCUUAUCUGUCCAGCUGGGAUGAGCUUGUAAAGUUUAUGGAUUCUCUGGGCCCCAUGGUUGGCCUUAUUUCUAAAGAGAUAGUGACCAAGACGUCUAUUAUCCGUGAGCUGGCCCUUCUAGCUGAGGCCAGCCCUGAAGCAGAGGUGAAUCCAGAUGUCAAUUCUGCGGGGCCUGAGCCUGAGGUGAACACUUUGGACCCCUCACAUCAUUCUGGUGCUUACCACUCAGUACGCUCCAUGAUCUGGUUGGAGCUGAAGCGAGACUUGGUGGACUUCCACCACCAGACGGACUCCGGAUGCAGAACUCUUCUCCGCCUGCACCGAGCUCUGCUUUGGUUGAAGCUCUUUCUGGAGAAGCUGGCUGAGAUCCCAGUGGCCGGCCGGCUCAGGAGCCCCUCGGAGCUGUGUCGCGAGGCCUACAAGAGCACCCUGGCCAACCACCACUCUUGGUUCGUGCGCCGGGCCGCUGAGCUCGCCUUCAUCGCCUUGCCGGAGAGGGGAUUCUUCUUUAGGUUGGUGUGUGUGCAGAACCAGGAGGAGCUGAGCACAGUGCUGGGCCGGGUGACCCGGGCCAUCGGGGUGGUUUAUGACAGGACGCAAAAAGCCCUGGAGGAGAAUGGCAUGCUGGAUUUGCCAUGAGAUAGAAGCCUUCAUUGUUCAACACUGUGCAUUCCUGGGCAUCAAAACUAGUCAAUGUGUGAAUGAACACACAGUACUAACUCUCAAACUCACAAAUGCCGUAUUUCCCUACCAAAGGGCAGUCCGUUUGUUGGUGAUUAUACCAUAUUGACCCAAAUUUAAGACAGUAGUUCCCUAGAAAGGCAUCAAAAAGACAAGUCAUCUUUCCAGGCACAAACCAGCUUUUUCUUCCUGUCAGUCACACACACCAGCAAACAACAGAGGAGGAGUUAUGAUGAUGAGGUGAUCAGUGAAGCAGAGUACUCAAACAACUUUCAAGCUGCUCAGAACUAUGAUGUGAUUUUUUUUUAAAUUGUAGUCUACCCGUUAUUUCACUGAUGAGAAAACUCCUCCCUUUUUUUGGAAUGUGUCUUAUAUUUAUAUAUUUUUGUCCUAUAUUUGGGUCAAUACAGUCGGAGGUGUUUUUAAGGCAGCUAAUGAUGCAACUGACCUUGUGGGUUCGGAAAGGGAAGACAAUGCGGAAGUGCCUUACACUUGCAUUCAUUCGGAUGGCCAGCAGGUGGCAAACUCCAAUUUGAAUGGCUUCACUUAACUUACCAUCCCUCAACAAACAUCACUAAUGAGCAGGUGGUUUUCAAAGUGGGUGGCACCAGAAGACGUCAGGAAAGGUGCAACAGAUUGAGAAAAAUAAAGAAAAACAUCUUUUUCCAACCUGCUAAGCUAAAUCCAGUUAUGUUUUUAAGGCUAAAUGAGUAGAUUUUGGGCUCCGAAGUUGGGAGAGUAAACAGAGUCGGAGGGAGGAGUGGACUGGGACAAAAAUUUGGGUUCAGAGUGUGAUUUUAUUCUCUAAGUGGAACUCCAUGCGUGCAUCACUGCCGUGGUGUGCAUCCUUUGCACAUUUGCAGAGAAUGCGCCCCAUUGCAUUGUGGGACCCUAUGCACAGCGCAGGCUCUGCAUGUAGGAUUGUGCCAUCUCACCCCUCUUUGGUAUUGUCAGUUAGUCAUCAUAGUUAGCAAGGCAAGGCGCAGCAAUAAAUAAAUAAACAGCUGCCAUUACGACUGGCUCACCAGGAUAACUCCUGCUACUCCCGAUUGGCCAAUCUGUCCCUGGUCUGAGCAGAAAACUUCACAAAAUAUGCUCCAGAAAAGCCGUUUCUGGGUAACAGGGGCGACCCCAGCUGUAUUAUGUUCCCAAAGGUAGGCUCAUUUGAAACCCUCUAACAUAAGAUGCCUGCUGAUUGCUUGAAGUCCCGUAAAGCAUGACGUUAACUCUGUACUCUUACUGAUUGUAAAGGAAGUGGCUACUGUAUAUUCACGUGGCAAAAAUGAUUUUUUCAUGCAAUAAGGAGCCGUGCAUGGGAAACUUCCCAUUCCGGCUAUUUUUCCGUACCCUCACCUUAACACUUCUAACAGUGCAGAAUUGCAAUGAAGAGAGCCUUAAACUUACAGAAUCCUGUGCCUGCUGUCAACCUGUCCAUGUGCUGUGUUAUAAAUAAAUGGAACAAAGACGAAGAAAGGUACAACAAUGCAAAAUAGACACAAUGACAAGACACUAUUUAAGGAAGAAUCUAAUCGUUGACCUAAGAUGCCUGUUUAAUGGUGUAAGAGUUAGUGCACUACCUCAGAAAUACUUAAUGAACUAUGAACGUAUUAGCGCUGGGACCUGUUUGAUUCGAAGAGUGUUCUAUGCUGGACAAAUAUGGUGCUUCAUUCGAUAUGAUGGGAGGCACGGAUGUGUCAGUAUUACUUGACAGGUUUUCCACUGUGCAAAUCUCUCCAUGCAAAUAAAGCUGCCUGUUUCUUAACAAGAGAGCGUUCGUUCAUCUGGACUGUAAUUUACUGUGACGCAGCGGCGCUUUCACCCAAACAGUGCACUUCUCUUGACGAGAUUAUUUUAGGCACACAAAUACCUCUAAUGCCAGGUAAUCCCGCCUGUCUCUCUUUUCCUGCUCUCGCUUUCCAAGAAGACAGUGACGUGGCAGACAAAGGUGACGAGAGAUAAGAGGAGACGUGCAAUAAGACUUUGGAAGUGGACGCACUCACCUGUUUGUCACACAGCAGAAUUCAAGAUUGGUAUGCUUACAUGUUGGGUCAGUCAUAGAUUGUGAACAUGCAUCUACAGAAAAAGUUAGCUGUGUUAAGGAUCGGAAAGGUUGACAGGCCCUCUAUAUAUUCUAAAAAUCCAAUCAAUUCAUUAUCAAUGAGGUAUAUUAUUAGAUAUUACACUACUUUGCUUUGUUGCCGGGCCGCAUGGUGGCCUAGUCAGGAGAUUGGGGGUUUGUAUCUCCUCAGGAGCAUCUCUGUGUGGAGUUGGCAUGUUCUCGCCAUGCGUUCUUACCACAUUACAAAAAUAUGCAUGCUAGGUUAAUUGCAUGAAUGAAGUUGUCCAUAGGUAUGAAUGUGAGUGUGAAUGGUUGUUUGUCUAUAUGUGCCCUGCGAUUGGCUGGCGACCAGUCCAGGGUGUACCCCGCCUCUCGUCCAAAGAUAUGGAUGAUACCCGUGACCCUAAUGAGGACGGUAUAGAAAAUAGAUGGAUGCUUUGACACCUUCGGAUUGUAAAUAUGCUGUGAGAGGGGAGUAAAGCAUCUUUCUUUACCACUUGUAAUCUGAUACACCACCUCAGGAGGAAUCACUCUGAGUCCCACGCAGUUAGCGUACAUGCAGCAAAAUAAGAAGUGACCCAAGCUUCACACUUUGCACUUUGUAAUUAUACGGACGUUUGGUGCCGCAUAGAAAUGUGCAGCUUUCCAAACCCUGUCAGUUAUUAAAACUAGUCAGAGAUGAGGUUAUUUUGGUUACCUAUUGUGAUUUUGAAUGACUAUUUGGUUGAGACUAAAUUAGGAAGGUACUUUUUCUAUAACUUACGUUGCAUAUUGUAGUAUUUGUCUUAUUUUGUACAAACAGUGUUUAUUUGUGAGAUGCAUCCAGUGGCAUCACAGUAAAACAAGCACAAUGUGUUCAUUGCUUGACAGUUUGAGGGCUGUCAGUAUCGAUAUCGGUAAUGAAGUGCUGGACAAUAUGGGUAUAUUGGAUAUUGGUAAGAAAGCCAAUGUAGAGCAACUCUAAUUUUGAAUACACAAAAUGUACCAGCCCCCGUCCUUUCAUUUUUCUGCAUGCAAUUAGUGGAAAAAGUUCGGCCUGCCUUAAUGGCUCACACUAAUACAAUGAAACUACUAACCACUGCUAUUGUGUGCUUUGACUUGUCAGUUCAUAAAUAAGAACAUAAAUGGUAAUUGACACUUAAAAGAAGCAGAGGCUUUGAGUUUUGGUUCCUUAAAUGACAUUUAUUAAUUUCUCUAUCUUGUUUUGCAGUAAACAUGAGCAAAAAUAUACAUACAGUAAGAGCAUAAAAUAAAGAUCCAGGGUAGAUUUAUCAUCCGUUUGGGCAGCAAACUGAUCUGAUCCUCCCUUUGUACCACAUUCAUGAUUAGGAUUUGAUAUAUGUCGGUAUAGGGUAGGGUGUUAUUUUAUUUGAUAUAUUUUAAUAACAUGAUUUGUGUACUUCCAUCAAUACUUUUGGUCAGAACACACUGUGCCGUUUUUUGGGAAACGUUGACACACACCAUCACGUCGCAUUCAUUGCAAACCUGAAAAGCUUUCAUAAGGGGAAAGAGUGGAGAUGUCACAAAGUAAAGAAAACGAACGAGAAAGCCUCGUCAACCAAGCGGUUACAUUUGAUAAAACGAUGAUGAAAACCUGCCGUGUACCUCAGCUGACGUGAUACAAUCCCGGCCGAUACGUUCUCUAGUCUUUACAACAAAAAUUGCGAUUAAAAAUAAUCAGUCACAAACGAUACAUGACUUCUAUUCUUCCAUGAAAAGCUGUCUCUCACUUGUUUUUUUGUUGUUGUUUUUUUUAACGCCUCGUUUUGUCACACCCUUUUUCCAUAAAUACACCACACAGCCACACGAGAAAGAAAUAUAUUGCUUUGCGAGGACAUCUCCAAAUUAUCACAGAGGAAGAUUGAUAAAAGGAGAUACUGUCAGAGGAUCAAUUACAGUAUAUUCCUGGACACUGGCAACAACAUGUUCUGUCCACCAGGAGGCACUGUUAUGUCUUUGAGAAACAUAUUCCUUUUGUGCGUAUUAUAUAACCGUAGGCCUUUUUAUAACAUUGCUUUAUGCAGCCACAGGAUCCUACACUGUCUCUGCAUUUCUUGGUGAAAUCACAUUUUUCACUCUAAUGUAGAUCUUUGGUUGAAGACUUCAUAUGCAAAUGGCUAAAGCAGGAGCUGUUUUGCAAUUGAACAGCUCUAGGAUGAAUUAUAACGUAAUAUUCAGGAUUAAAUGCCGGGACAAACAAACAAAAUGAAUGAAUGGUCCUUGUUUCACGUCUGUUUCGGAUACGGUGACCAUGCGAAGGAGGAAGAGCAACAAAGUAGGGCAAAGAAGUUCAGCGUGCAGGGCUGUGGAUUAGCCCACCAGAUUAAGAGAUUAGAGUGAAAUUAAGUAAGUGUUGCAGCCGAGGAGUGUGCUUGUGAAUGGAGUGGAAAAAAACAGAAAGCAGGAAAAAGAUUCUCUGGAUUGCCUGAGUUUGAAUUACUCUUGCGUUGUCGACCCACACCGAUCAGUCAGAGCACAUCGUUAGCACCACACACAUGCUUGCAGAUUGUGCUGUCUAACUGGUCACAACGUAAACACCGAAUACCGCAGCAAAAAUGCGCGACAAAAAUGAAAUUGUGGUUUUUAAAAUCAGCCCCUCCUCCAGUCCAGUUGUAUUCAUUUGAGCCUAUCCACGAACAGUUCAAGUGCACAAAACCCUACUAUGACCACUUCCUGCGAAUAAAUUCAAGUCAGCCCCCUCCCCCAAAAAAGCACAGCAAGUGCAAAUCAAUACAAAACAUACAAUGUCAUCCAUUUCUGAAGUCUGAUAAAUCAAUGCAACACAAGCAAAAACGUCUAAAGAUGUCACUAUAACCACAAAUGCCUCCUAGUGACCGGGCGUAAAUUAGUUAAUUGAUUGUUUCAGCUAACUGUAAACUCAAUGGGGAUAAAAAUAAUUACCUCUCACACAGUUCAGGGAGGGGUGAGGGUGGAAGACCAUGUAGCAUGUUGAAUAUGCAGGAUUAGCCUGCCUUAAACAACGAGAUCGAGCAUUCAUAAUGUAUGCUUCUUAGUGAGUAUUGCACAAUGUAUGCAAUUUCCCGACCUACGGAAUGAAGUGUGUCAUUGGAUUGAUCGUACGCGCAUUCAAGCCACCAACACGCUUAAAGGUUCGGGCUAGGAGCCUAUCUUUGUGUUUGUAAUACACGCCGACUGUGCGCGUGCGUAAUGUUUCGUAGAUUACAUGGCGGUCCCUCCUGGUGGUCAGCGCUUUCACAGAACCUUUUUUUUUUUUUAACCACACUGCGCAAAGAGCUGGGACAUUUUGGGGGCGGCCUCCUGCCCUCAUAGCACACUAAAGACAAUACACACAUGCAAAAUGGCUUCAUCUCGGCAUCCAUCCAUCAAUAUAUAUGCUGUUGGAUUCAUCUUUUGAGUGCAACUGAUUAGGUAUAUGGAUUAGGGAUGGGCAUUAUAAUUGAUUGUUAAGAAUUCAGUGGAAUGCUGGUUAAUCAUGGAGUGCACUACUUGGCUGCAACCAGCGGAGGCGCUGUUGUUUCUGUCUCAAGAAGCAGAGCAAAGAAGACAUGCAGACACUUUACUUAGUAUUUCCUACCAUCUCAAAUGGAUAAAAGUUUUAAAAAAACAAAAAAAAACAA